UUCGCCCACUCAGUUUAGCUACAACUCUGAAUGCGAGCGCGCCGAUCGCUAGACGCCGUCUUACAGUAAAGCACAUUUCCUCAAUACAUUUUCUUUGUGGAACAACAGCCUAAAACUUGAAUACAAUUUGCAAAUGCACGGAUAUUUUCUCUCUGGGAUUCGAGAAUUUCUGAAAGAGUUAUGAAUCUCGUACUAACAUUGACCACUGUCCUGCAAUUAGUUGUGGUGGUAUUGGCACAGAAGUCGUCAUCAAUCGAUGGUGAACGCAUUUCUGAUGGCAUACGUCUGGUUAUGGAGAGGAGUUCCGGUGAUGUAGUACACUUUCGCCCGGCUCGUGGCGCGCUGGACGACGAAACCGUCACAGCCACAACAAAUAAGGAGACUCACCGCCUCAGAAAAAAUCGGAAGCCUAACAAGUCACAAGAGCAUUUUCAGCAGGUUGGGGGUCAAAAGUCUGGUUCAAGAAAACUAGUGGUUGCCGAAACUGGCAGUGCAGCGUCAGAGUCACAACCGAAGCACAAACAAGGCUACAAAAGCACGGAUAAGCAACAACGCCGAGGACCCAAGCAGCAACAUGGCCAUGGACAACACCACGGAGGGUCGACUUGCCGUUACGCGAAGAGUGCUUGGUCGAAUUGUGAUAUCAAAACUAACACGCGCUCCCGUGUUUUAUCUUUAAGGAAGGGAGAGCAGAACUGCUUGCCAACACGCACUAUACAGAAAAAGUGCAAAAAAGGGUGCCGGUAUGACAAGGGUUCAUGGUCUCAAUGUAUCGCUGGACAAAUGACCAGAGAGGAUAAGUUACAAACAGAAGCAAUAGGCGAUAGUGACCAGAACUGCAAUCCUGUGCGUACUGUGAACAAGAAGUGCAAGGCGAAUGGUAAUGCUGGUGGAGGAAAGCAACACGGCCAGAACCGUGGCCCAAAAGAACGGAAACAAAAGGAAAAGAGUGCCGGACGCAUUUCGCCUCACGAUCAAUAAGGGAUUUAAAAUAACAAUUUUAUGAAACCCUGCAAGAUAAAAGUUUUAGCAUUUUUUACAAUUUUUUAUAUAUAAGACAGUUUUUUAAAAACAUUCAAAAUAUGGGUUCCAUCCGAGCCGUUCGCUUACAUAAUUUUUCCGUUUUAAAUUUUGAAGGCUGAAGAUUCGAUGACUUUAUGCAUAAGCUGUAGUUAAACGCAUGUUUUAAAAGAUAAUAGUGUGUGCAACAAUAAAAAUAGUUUAAAUAACGCCUAUUUUUAUAGAGUAAACAACA